CCGUACUCUCCGUCCCAGCGGCCUGUGCGCGGCCGGCUCGGCCUGGAACUGGAGGAAGAGGAGGCGACGCCGGGCGGGCCCUAACCGAACUGGGCCAUGAACCGAUCCCCGGACCUGUUCGACGCCAUCGUGAUGGCAGAGGAGAGGUAUCACGGUGAAGCCUAUCAGGAAGGUUACGCCGAAGGCAGCUCUCUGGGUCUGACUGAGGGGAGACGAUAUGGAGUGAGCCAGGGCGCUAACGUUGGGUCUGAGAUUGGGUGCUACCAGGGUUUUGCAUUUACAUGGAAAUGUCUGCUUUCUGAGUGCACAACUGAGAAAGACAGUAAGAAGAGAAGGAUGCUAGACUCACUCCUUGGGAUGAUGCAGAAAUUCCCUUAUGCUGACCCCACUUAUGCCCAGCUUCACGAAGAUCUGGACAGAAUUAGAGGGAAGUUUAAACAGGUUUGCUCUUUGCUAAGCGUCCAGCCCAACUUUAGAGUCGGCCCCGGAGGCUCCGCGCUUUCAUUUUGAGCAGGACAGCAAGACAGAGGCAGUGUCUGUGUGCUAAGUGUUUAAAAAUGAGAUGAAAGUCCAGACAAUGACUGGGCUUGGAGGGUUAACAGUGUCGCAACAGUGACUUCCAUCAGCCUUCUUCCUUUGUGUCCUCUCCGUGUGGCCCGUUCUUUGUCAGGGAUGCUUUGGCACCGUGGUCCAAGUGGAUGGGGGGACGGUGGCUGCAGACCCUCCUCUCCUUCCCCUGGCUUGGCCUCCAGAGAAACAGUCACAGGAUCGAGAAUGGAGAUGGAAGUGAGCGGGUAGAAUCCCCAUUGCUGCCACAGGCGAGGUCCAGAAUUCUGGUCGUUUAUCUAAAUCAUGAUGGGAACCAGAUCCUUCUCUCCUUUGGUCAGUGUCACUCCCUUGAACCUGGGCAGGGCUGGCUGAUUCCGACCCAGCGGAACAAAUUCGUAGGGGCAGCUGAUUGUGACUGGUGUCCUCUUGAGAGAAGACUUGGGAGGGAAACAAGGCAUCCUUGAAAAGACUUUACAAACUGUCCCUGUCUUCUCUUAAGUUAGCCAUUCAUUUGAAGAUGGCCAGAGAUGAGAAAAUAUGUUCAACCAAGA